CCAUCUUCAGAAACCCCCAAUUCGGAUACAUCCUUCAGAAACGUGGAAAACCGACAGACGCAACCAUACUUCAGAAACCCCCAAUUCCAUUUCCACUUCCCCAAAAGCCGCUGUUGAUGGCCAAGGAAUUGCCUGAAGAUUUGGUGACAGAGAUUCUGCUAUGGCUUCCGGUCGUCUCUCUAUUGCGAUGCAAAUGCGUCUGCAAAUCCUGGUACGCUCUCAUUACUCACCAAAACUUCGUAACAAAACACAUCCAACACAACAAGAAGAACAGCAACACCCUCCUCCUCGUUAAAAUGCGCGAUGAAAUUUUUGAUGUUGUAUCGACGCUUUCUUAUGAAACGCUCCAAGUAUUAGAUUCACAACCUCUACCUCCCCCGUUUCUUGUCUUGGGUUCUUGCAAUGGUCUUGUUUGUCUCCACGAUGACUAUGCAUUGCGUGUUGUUUUAUGGAACCCUGCAACUAAAGAAACAAAGGUUGUCCCCAAAUCAAACCUACCCCAGUUCGUCUCCGCUUUCCAUAAACUCGGCGUUGAUGGUAUCGGAUUUGGUUUCGAUGCGAAAACUAAUGACUACAAGAUAAUCAAUCUUCUUACUAUCUAUGAAUCUCACUCAAGGGGAAAGAUGGCCCAAAGUGAGGUAUAUAGCUUAAAUGCCGAUUCUUGGAGAAAAGUUGAUACUCCCCCGUUUUCUAUAUCUCCUGUUUAUAGCUCUGUUAGAGGUAUGAAUACAUACACCAAUGGGAUGGCUUCUUUGGAGGCAUAUGGUGAUAAUAGGGGGAAUCUUUUGUCAUUUGACAUGAGCAACGAGGUGUUCCUAAAAACACCGAAGCCAGAUGAUGUUUUCUUGGAUGAAUUUUCAGAUUGGACAGAUAUUUUCGUGUUGAAUGAAUCGAUCGCUCUCAUAGUUCUCGUCUGGGAUAAAGGAAUGUCGGAGAUUUGCUAUGAUAUAUGGUUGUUACUUGAAGUUGGUGUUAAGGACUCAUGGACUAAGCUUUUCAGUAUUGGACCGUUUACAGAUUUUAAACAACCCCGACCUUUAGGAUUUUGGAAGAAUGACGCCGUGCUCUUUGAAAAUCUUGACGGACAAAUGGUCUUGUAUGACCCCUCAACCAAAGAAAUGACUAAUCUCCCAAUUCAUGGAGAAACAUACUCGUUGCAAUUGGUUACUUACAUGGAGACCCUAGUUUCUGUUAAUGGGAGGAAAUGAAUUUGAAAAGCAGAACAGUUGUUGACAAUGGCCAUCUUUCUAUCUAUAUCAAUUCUAUGCACCUGAUCUUUUUUUUUAUAUAUAUAUAUCAUGCAGAAUUAUUUUGUCAGUCCCAUAUGUUUAGUAUUUCAUAUAUCUCCUUUCUGCUUUAUGAUAAAAAUUUACUCUUGAAGAGGUUUUGGUACUUGGAUGUGGUUGAUGAGGUCCGUGGACAUAAUUUUCAAAAUUGAGCUUUUUGAAUAGAGGUCAAAUUUUAUUAUUAUUAUUUUUUUUAUAUAAAAAAAAAUGACAUUGCACAUUAGGAACUGUUGGUCAAUGUUU